AUGUCGAUACAUCUAAAAAGAAAGGACCCAGACCUGAUGCACAAGGGGACCGAGAGUGACAGUAAUUCGCAGACCGAGGAGGAGAGGGAAGACGUCAGCCUUCACGAGCACACUUCUCCGCAGAAACGCCCGAAAGUUGAGGACGAUGAAAGCCACUCGUAUACAAGCAGCGACGGCACUGCACGCCACCUUGAUGAUGUCACGCUCCAGCAUGGUGACCAAGAGGCAUAUUACCAGCGCGCGAGCGCCGAAUCUUUGGACGAUGGCAACAAAGACCGGCGGCAAUCUUUGCCGGUCCUCGCCUCUGACUCCUCUGAUGCGCAGAGGGCCGAAGCACAGAGCGAUUGGCGAAGGGAACAGCUACAAAACAGCAAUAAUGCCUUUGAGAGCUCCCAAGAAUCGAUGGCAGAAGACCCAAGCGAUCCAAAGUUGAACGCCGACGAUUCACCAGAAGCUGAAGACAGUAGGGGCGGCUCCGUCGAGGACCAAGUGGUAGACACGGGCCUAUGCAGCGAUAUGGACGAGCUCGAAGAAGACGAGGAUGGUUUUAAUAGAGGGAACGAUGCGUCUGUCGGCGAAAGCGGUGUGCUAGAGAAGCUCGAAUUGAUCAACUUCAUGUGUCACGGCCAUCUCACCGUUUCUCUUGGCCCAAAGGUUAACUUUAUCAUUGGCCAUAAUGGAAGCGGAAAGAGUGCCAUCCUGACGGGCAUCACGCUUGCCCUUGGGGGCAAAGCCGUUGCGACCUCGCGGGGAAGCAGCCUCAAGAGCUUUGUCAAAGAAGGCAGAUCUAGCGCCGUCAUCAUUUUGACUAUCCGGAAUCGGGGGCAGGAUGCUUUCAAGUAUGAGACGUAUGGAGACAAGAUCGUCAUCGAAAGGCGCCUCCACGCAGACGGCGGCGGGUCGUGGAAGACGAAAAGCGCAAACGGCAAUGCCAUUUCCAACAAGCGAGAGGAACUAGAUGCCAUUUGUGAUCACUGCCACAUUCAGGUUGACAAUCCUCUAAAUGUCCUUAGCCAAGAUGCGUCACGCCAAUUUCUUGGUUCGUCCGACGCAAGGGAGAAAUACUCUUUCUUCCUUCGCGGUACACAGCUCACACAACUGAGUCAGGAGCACGACAUCAUCAAGAGCAAUGUUGAUAGGAUGUCAAAGGUCGUCCAACGUAAGCGCGAACUUCUUCCCGAACUCGAAGCUCGGGCUCGGGAUAGCGCGACUCGGUACGAGAUGCUGGAUAAAGCGACGCAGCAGCACAGCAAGUUACGCUCUCUCAAAGGCCUCUUGGUGUGGGCACAAGUGGCAGACGAGGAAGAAGUGAGUCCGAAGAGGGGACAGCCUUUCGGGGACGAAGACAGAGACAAGUACCAUUCGGAUCAGCUCGCUCAUCUGCUCGUCUCGCAACAGUCACUGGCUCGUGCUGCCGAGAAGGUGGAACAGAGGAAGGUAAAGUGCGACAAGAUUACAGAAGCGCUGCGGAGAAGCGAGAUCGAUUGCCAGAAGGCCGAGGAAGGGGUCACCCAGACGGAGGGGAGGCUUGAGAGCAUCAUAGACCGCAACGACCCGCUUCAGCAAGAAUUGUCCCAGAUUACGGUCCGGACAAAAGCUGCGGCAGCGGCGAAGAGGGAAUUCAAAAAGGAGCAAGAGUUGCUGAACGAGCAGUAUCGACGCAAAAAGGGCGAAAUGACCGAUUUGCAGGGGCGCAUUGACGAAGAGAUGAGAAAGGGCGCCGAUGGCGAGAGACGCGAAAGGCUCAACCAAGAGCGUAAGAAGCUGCAAAUGGAUUGCAAAGACAUAGCAAGGAAGGAAAGGGAAGCGCGUGACCAAGUUGAGGACCUUAAUACACAAGUCAGCACACUUGGCGAGACAUUAAACACGAUCCACCUUCGCCAGGAAGAGCUGCAGACCAAUUUGGCCCAGCUCGAUGCUUUGCUCAGCCAGCUCCGCGCCAGCAAAGCUAAUCGGCUCAGCGCAUAUGGUGCAAACAUUCCCAAGCUGAUCUGGAUGAUCAAGCAGUACAAAGGCUGGAAGAAGGAGCCGGUAGGGCCUGUCGGGAGCCACAUCAAGCUGAAAGACAUCAGCUUUGGCCCUCUGCUCGAAAGCGUCAUAGGCAACACGCUCAGCGCAUUUUGCGUCACCAACCACCAGGACCGAGCCGUGCUUGAGGAUUUGCGACGGCGAUCGGACUGUGGCCAUGUCCCCGUCUUGAUGGGAAGCGACGAAGCCUUCGACUGGUCCGCCGGCGAGCCAGAUGGCGGAAUCGACACAAUUCUGCGCGUGCUAGAUUUUGACGACGCCUUCGUGAAACGGCAGCUCAUCAACAAUAUGCAUAUCGAACGAUGUGCCAUUGUUUCUAAACGCGAAGAUGGCGAUGCCCUCAUGCGAAGCAAUCCAGCUAAUGUCAGGGUCUGCUUCACUCUCGACUUCUUCCGAGUCGACGGAGGCAACACUGGCAGUCACUCUCAGACGCUCAAUCGAUAUCAAGGAGCCCCUCGACUGUCGAGCAACGUCGACGACAAAAUCGCUGAAACUCUGGAAAGGCGCAACCUGAUUGAGAAGGAGCUGCAAGAAGCUUUUGCAGAGACCCGGACCUUGGACGCCAAAAGAAGGAGUCUGGAGGAAGAGCGGAAAAAGAUCAAGCUUUCCAUCCCCGCUAUCAUCAAGCUCGGGCACAGCAAGACAAACGAGAUGGAGCGAAUCGAUGAGCAGAUCCACGAGGGCGAGUCCACUAGCGUGUCUGCUCUCGAGCUUGCCAAGAAGGAAGCUCAAGAGGUGUUGGCUGAAAUGGACGAAAUAUUCAAUAAAUUGAGCGAGAGGUACGAACAAGAAGCAGAAAAGUCCAAGCCACUGGAGGAGCGGCGGGACGAGAUCAAGGAAAGUCUGGCGACAGGUGACGAGGAGAAGGCGAGGCUUAAGGAUGAGCUUUCUAUGUGGGCAGAGAAGCGUACUACGCUGAGCAGCCACGUUGUUCACUACACCAACGAGCUUGUAAAGAAUCGCCGCAUUCUGGAAGAGCUCGAAGUCGUCCAGAGAGGAAAGGAGCAGCGAGUGAAUGAGGAAACAAGAAGCGCGGAGGUAUUCUGCGAUCGUGUGCAGCCACAGAGGUCCUCAGCAGAGUACGCAAUGGAAGUACGCGCCGUCGGGCUGCAGAUCGUCCGAGCCGAGCAGCAAAGUGGUAUUUCGGUCGAGCAAGCAAGGAUCGAAGCCAUGGCUGCAACUGCUGCUUAUUUGAAGGCUCAGGGAGAAGUUGGAGAUUUUGACAAGGCGAUUAAAGUUCUGCAUGAGUCAAUGCAAGUGCGCUCCGAGCGGUGGAUCACGUUCCGCAAAAGCAUCGCGACGAGGGCCAAGACGCAGUUCAAUCACUUUCUCGGUCAACGCGGCUAUUCAGGCGGAUUGGAAAUUGAUCACCAAAGCAAGAAGCUUGUCGUCAAGGUUCAAACGGCCGACGCCUUCACCAAAAGCCGUCUCAAGGACACGCGAGCCCUCUCGGGCGGCGAAAAGUCUUUCUCGACCAUCUGCCUGCUCUUGGCAUUGUGGGAAUCGGUGGGCUGUCCAAUUCGCUGCCUCGACGAAUUCGAUGUCUUCAUGGACGCAGUUAACCGUAAGAUUGCCAUGAGCAUGAUGAUGAAGGAAGCCUCACUUGCCAACGCAAUCCAGUACAUCCUCAUCACGCCACAAAACAUGACCAAUGCCAACAAUGCACCCGGCGCAAGGGUCAUCAGGCUGGGCGAUCCAGAACGUAAUCAAGGCACGCUCGCCCUAGCUUGA